AUGGACAACUAAUAUUUACACUGACAAAUUCUGAAAAUUUUGUUAUUCAAUAUAUUACGUAUUUAAGUAAAAACGUGUGUGUUUGAUAAAUGUGGAAUAUUAUAGCUGAAAAAUAGCGUAUAAAUAUUGAAAAAACACAAUAUGAGUAAUAAAAAUGCUCGCGAAACAACGCCAGGUGAUGGUUUACGAUCAUUACGAAGCACUUCAUUAUUUCGCGCUAUCAAUUUCGAGUUGUACAUCAAGCCGAACAAAACUGUUAUGAUUCUCGGUAUCGUAGCAAUGUUGGGUUGUUCAGGGUAUAUAUUUUACAUGAAUUCCGGUCAAAGGAAAAACGAUUACCAAGCUAUGAUGAAAUCGGACGAUACAGUAGUAUUAGUAAGAAAAACUUCUAAAUGGACCGACUGAAUAAGAACGAUAUAUUAUAUAUGAUACUUUCUAUAGUCUAACUAAUAUUUAUUCAAUUUUUAAUAAUAUAUAUAUUAUCGACUAUGUAUAUACAUGUUUAUAUAGAUUUAUAAAGAGUUUGGAACAAUAACAUACUGAAUCACACGAGAAACAUUCAAGCGAGUCCUUUUAUUUUAUUUAAAAAUUUAUGAUAUACUAAUCAAAACUCUUAUAAAAAUUAAUUAAAUUACUGCAAAAAAAAUCUAUUGAAUUUUUCGAUUGCCUUUUCCAGCUUUUUUCUUGUCAAAAAUUGGCUUAAAGAUUCCAUGCUAUUGCCUCUAGUGCUUUGCAUAUAACAUUAUGAUACUCUAUUAUAAAUAUUCGAAUACACAACUCAUAUAUUAUUAAUAUUUAUUAUCAAUAACAAUUACAUAUCAAUAAAUCAAUAAAAAAAUUGAUUUAAUUUUUAUAUUUUAAAAAUGCCUUUGUAACUAAAUGCAUUCUACAUUUUUUUUUUCUAUAAUAUGCCAUUAAUCUGUAAUUGUUACAAAUAUCUCACAAUUUCACAUAAAAUUUUUAUAUAAUAAAAUUUAUAUGCAAAAUUUUCAUUUACUAAGAUGUGUUCCAUCAUGCCUAAUAAUAACUAAUAAUAAUUUUUUUUAUAAUAGAAACAGUUGUAAUUAUUAUAUAUCAUUAGUUGCAUUCUAUAUAACAACAAUGUUAUAAACAUUCUAUUAAUAGCAACUACAGGUUAAUGUAUUUAUGGAUUUAUAUGAGAAGCUUCCACGAAAUAAAGUCUAGUCAGCAAACCAAAAAAAUAAAAGAAAAAAAA